AUGCCAAUCACAUCCCUUCUAGACACAGACUUGUACAAAUUGUCUAUGCAAGCUGCAGUCUUCCAGCAUUUCAAAGAUGUUCCCGUCAAGUACAAAUAUACUAAUAGAACAAAGCUGAUGGUGCUUAAUCGCGAAGCAAUUUCAUGGAUAAAAGAACAGGUAGCUCAAUUGGGAAAUCUUCGUUUCACCGAGGAGGAAAUUGGAUACUUGAGGAAAACUUUGCCUCAUUAUCCCAAGGAAUACUUUGAGUCAUUGAAGGACUUCCGAUUGAAGCCUGAGGAGCAAGUUGUUUUCUUUAACGACGAAUCCAACUUAGAGGACUUCUCAAUAUCUAUUUCGGGAACUUGGUUCGGAACCAUUCCAUACGAAAUCCCACUUUUGGCUCUUGUGUCGGAAGCUUACUUCAAGUUUGUGGACACUAAGUGGGAUUUCAAUGGACAGGAAGAACUCGUGGAGCAAAAAGCAAAGCAACUCAUGGACGCCCAGUGCGCCUUCAGUGAUUUUGGAACCCGCAGAAGAAGAUCAUUCAAAGCUCAAGAAAUAGUGGUAAAGACACUUUGUGAUUUUGCUGAACGGACAGGAAACCAAAAGCUAUUCUUGGGCACUUCAAACGUGUUGUUGGCUAAGCAAUACAACAUUCCUCCCAUAGGAACUGUCGCCCACGAAUGGUUCAUGGGAGUUGCUUCGAUUACGCAGGAUUAUGUCAAUGCUAAUAAAUUGGCUAUGGACUACUGGAUUGAGUCGUUUGGACCUGAGAAUGCUGGUUUGGCUCUUACAGACACUUUUGGAACAGACGCAUACCUUAAGUUUUUUACAAAGCCUUUAUCGGAUUAUUACGUCGGAGUUAGACAAGACUCCGGUGAUCCGGAAUUGUACUGCCACAAGAUAGCUGCGCAUUACAAGAAAUUGGGUUAUCCACCAUUUUCUAAGACUAUCUGUUUUUUCAGAUUCCUUGAAUGUCGAGAAGUGCUUGAAGUACAAGAAGACGGCGGAGGCUGA